AUGUCUUCCUCCUACCACCCAAAGCAAGUGACUCAAUAUGAGGCAUCGCACUUAGUCGAGCUGAUGGGAAAUGUCAGCGAGACCAUCAUUGACUUUUCUCUUGACCUAAUUCCUCCAUUUCAGUCCACUGAUCUUGUCCACGACAAUGCAUGUGGUGCUGGAGUUGUGUCCCAGGCUAUUUUGGGAAAGAUUCCACCAUCUGCCGGAGGACUGCGGAUUCAGGCAACUGAUAUCAACCCCCAAUUCGUGAUGGCCUGCGAACAAAUGGCGAAACUGAACAAAUGGCCUUUGGAGGCGCACACAAUGGAUGCCCGCGAUCUUGAUUUCUCUAACAACCAUUUCUCUCACUCUUUCAACAACUUCGCUUUCCACUCUAUGGACGUUGCUAGUCAUGGUUUGAAGGAAGUACACCGAACCCUAAAGCCUGGGGGCAUUGCUAUGGUAUCCGCGUGGAAUGAAAUGCCACACAUAGACGCCCUCAAGCAUGCCAACCGUCGGACACGUGGAGAGGAUGCCCCUCUCCCGAUGCUGCUUCAAGACAUUUCCUUUGAGGAGGACCAAAUGAAGAAGGCAUUAAAUGAUGCUGGGUUCGAUCCCAAUAAGACAAAGACUUACCAUAAGGAUGCUUCUAUUGUCAUUCCAGACAUAAGGCGAUGGGCACAGUUGGCGUGGAGCUACUUGGGCGUUUUGCCGUCAGGAUGGCUUCAAGAAGAUGAGGAAAAGUGGGAGGAGGCACUUGAUGAUAUCGUGGAACAGCUUGUUCAUAGCGAUGGGAUUUCCAAGAACGAAAAGGGCGAGGCUAUCAUGCGAUUUGCGGGAUGUGUUGCCAUUGCUACCAAGGAAGGUUGA